AUGGCUUCGACACCGACAAAAGCAGCCGCUACUAAAUCGAUUCUGACAUCAGCAACGACUUUGAAGGGCCAUGAAAAGGAGAUUCAAUCCAUAUCCUACUUUCCUGACGGCCAGCGAAUGAUCAGCGGAUCUGAUGAUAAGACCGCUCGGCAAUGGGAUCUAAAGGCGGGCAUGGAGAUUGAAGAAGCGCAGGGUGUUUGCGAGAAGGAGGUAUAUGCGGUGGCAGUAUCAAGGAAUGGUCGAUGGGUUGUCUCUGCUGGUGGAGAUGACACAACCGGGGAACUGAACGUCUGUGAAGUUGAGACGGGGAUUGUGAAAGAAUUCAAAGGUCACUCAAAGCAGAUCACCUGCAUUGAUAUAUCCGCGGACAGCAAGCUGCUGGCGAGCGGGUCGUUUGAUGAAACAGCGCGGAUAUGGAACUUGGAGACGGGCAAACUCGUGGCCGGUCCAUUGGAGAGCGUUGAUAUGGUGGGCGCAAUUCGAUUCUCGACGGAUUCGAAGAAGCUCGCAAUCAAGACAGAUGGGGGGUGCUGCAUUGAGGUCUGGGAUAUUCAAAAACAGAAAUUGAAUGUGAGGAAAAGGGAAAAACAGUCGCUUACAGGAAUCACAUCCGUGCCAUUUUUCUGGACAAACACAACCAUCUUGGCCGCAUUCAGUUUCACAAGUGAUGAUGCUCGGAUGAUCUACGAGUUCGACGGAUCAACACUGGAGACUAUCGGAACUCCCUUUGAAGGGCACCACCACAUUGUCGAAGGUCUAGCACUUUCAUUCGACUGCGCUCUCCUUGCCAGCUCUUCACUCCACACCAUCAAACUCUGGGCCGUCGAGUCCCGCCAAAUCCUUGCUACCUUCUACCUUCAAAAUCCUCUUAUCCUCGUCCUCUCACCUAACUCGCGCCACCUAGCUUACACGACAUACACCCCCCCGCCCCGGGACUCGCGCCGACGAGCUUACCCGACGCACCACGAGAUCCAUAUAUGCCAAAUUCCACCCAAUGUCCUUUCUCAGGCCCGUACCAGUGCACAAAACAAGUCAACCCUCACUCAUGUACUAAAAUCUGACGCAACUCCUCGUCCUCCUGUCGUGCGUGGCAGACAACCGAUAACCACUAUACCUAUAUCACAAAAACCUCCACCUACCAUUGACGCGCAGCAACCCAUUUUCGUUCGCCUCCGAAAACUUCUUCCCUUUUCUCCUGCUCGCACGAACGCAGUAGCUCAAGAUGACCAACCUCGUAAUGCCCCAGAUAUCCCUGCUACAUCGCCCGUACCAUCCCCUCUGCCGGGGCAGGCCGCAACUCAGUUUGAUCAUUUUGAAAUGAAGUCUUCGCCUCCCCCCUCGAACGGAGUCACACAAUUCUUGCGACAGCACCUUUCUUUCCUCGUACCAAGACACAGCCACGGGCCACCAGUCAUUGAAGUCGCGCCCGGGCGGAAGUUCACUCGUUUAGCUGCUGCCAAACUACCGGAAUAUAGGAAAGCAAAUGACACCAGAUAUCCGUCUGGACAGCGAGAUAUCGAGUCUUCUGACAAUGAUUCGCUUCCGGAUGUGCAUUGGUGCAAGGCGUUCCUCUGCUACUAUUCGUGCUGGUCUCAUGGGAAACUGAGGAAGCCUCCUCGAUGGCGCUUGGAACGUGUCGACGCACCCCGCAAUGUGAAUAGUGACAAUAUUCUCAAUCGAGUCGCCGUGCCUCAUCCCAGGGUCCAUCACGAAGAGAUUGGAUUGAAAACGGUGGCUAGCCAGUCACAGCCGAGGGCAGGGCCAUCUCGCCUUGUGCACAAUGAUAAUAUUCUCAAUCGAGUCGCCGUGCCUCAUCCCAGGGUCCAUCACGAACAGGUUGGAUUGAAAACGGUGGCUAGCCAGUCACAGCCGAGGGCAGGGCCAUCUCGCCUUGUGCACAAUGAUAAUAUUCUCAAUCGAGUUGCCGUGCCUCCUCCCAGGAUCCAGCAUGAAGAGGUUGAAUUGAAACCAAUGGCGAGUCAGUCACAGCCAGAGGCAGGACCAUCUCGUCGUGUGAAACAUGACAAUAUUUUCAAUAAAGUCGCCGUGCCUCAUCCCAGGGUUCAGGACGAAGAUAUUGUUUUGAAAAUGGGGGCUUACCAGCCACAGCCCAGGGCAGGACCAUCUCGCCCUGUGAAAAAGGACAAUCUCAAUCGAGCUGCUGCGCCUUCUCCCAUGGUCCAGCACGAAGGGAUUGAAUUGAAGCCAAUGCCUAGUCAGUCGCAGCCAGAGGCAAGACCACCAUAG